CCUAAGGCUCACAAGCUGAGUCGUCCCGUCCCUAAAACCUAAAUCAUUGCGCGCCAUCACAGCCGUCCAUCGCACCGUGUCUAUAAGGUACCUACAGAUCGCCGACUACUGCUGCUCCUGGCCUACCUACCUGACCUCCUACGCUCAUGACUGCCCGGAGCUCAUAACGACGCCUCCUGACUACGAAAAUGCCGCCGAGCACUUGAUCCUCGCGCCGCACCCGGGGCAGCAAGGAGUCAAGGCCAUUGCUUCACCAUGCCCGCCAAACGACCAGCUGCGUCCGGCUACGCCCGCAUUGCCCAGGCAGAGGAAGAGGAAGAGGAAGAGGAAGAGGAGGAGCAGGAGGAGGCCUACAACUCAGACACCGAAGAUCCCUUCACCGAUGCCGCCGCAACAGCUGUCUUCUCGUCGUCCCCAGCCAGCGGAGCACCACCGCGCUAUGGCCCCAUCCAGCCGCGCCGUCAAGGCUCCAUGCGCAUGCCGGAUGGGAAUGGCGCCCUGAGAUCAAAACACACCACGGGACGAAGCAGGCGAGCCAACAGCGGCGUGGACAUCAAGGCAAUCAACGCGCGCUUGGAACGAUGGGCCGAUGAGAUCAAAGACCGCUUCACAAGGCGAAGGGUCAAGGGAAAGAGUGCCGAAGAAGAACAUUUGGAGAUUCAUCACUCCGUCUUCCAUGCGCCUGAUUGGGUACGGCCUGCAACGAAGGAAAUGUUGGAGCACGAUGCUUCCAAUCAUGGAGAGAGGCUUUCGAAAUUGGAGUUUGACGACAUGGUCGAGUCGGUGCGGACUGCAAUUGAGCUGGGCCUGCAUCCAAAGUUGAUUGCACAGGGCAGCAGUGGCUCAUACUUUGCGAGAAACAGUGGUGGGAAGACCGUGGGCGUUUUCAAGCCCAAGGACGAGGAACCGUAUGCCAGUAAGAAUCCGAAGUGGACCAAAUGGAUCCACAGAAACCUGUUCCCCUUCGCCUUUGGACGUGCUAUGCUCAUUCCCAACUUGAGCUAUGUCUCAGAGGCUGCAGCAUAUGUCCUCGACUGCCAACUGCGAACGAACCUGGUUCCCUACACAGAUGUCGUUGGUCUGAGCAGCAAGAGCUUUCAUUACGACUGGAUGGAUCGGAGAGCAUACUACCGAAAAGGGCGACCGUUUCCCGAAAAGUUGGGAUCGUUCCAGGUCUUUCUGACCGGCUUCAAAGGAGCGACCGAGUUCUUCCAGGAGCACCCCUGGCCGGACCUGAACAACGCGAGCUUUCGAGGCGCACCGGCGAGGAAGAAGCGGACUCAACGCUGGGACGCAUCAUGCCGCCCGAGCAGUCGAACCACCAGCAGGCCCACGACAGCGACUACGGAUAGCUACAAUACGGACGAUGAAGAUGACGAUGCGGCGAAUGCUGGACAGCCGACGGAGUUCUGGACCACAGAGCUGCAGCAGAGCUUUCGAGAAGAGCUCGAGAAGCUUGUAAUCUUAGACUAUGUGAUGCGGAACACAGACCGCGGAUCAGACAACUGGAUGAUACGAAUAGAUCGUGACACGAAUACCGCGACGAUAGUGAAGGAGCCACCCAAAACAGAUGGUGCAGUAGAACAGGACGGCUACAACCGACGCAAUGAGAACAUGAAUACUUCGCCGCCAUCAGGCAACGGGCGAGAGAGUGCCGUACCCCGGAUCGGUGCCAUCGAUAACUCACUUUCCUGGCCGUGGAAACACCCGGACGCAUGGCGCAGCUAUCCAUUUGGCUGGCUGUUUCUUCCGGUAGGCCUGAUUGGAAGGCCAUUUUCGGAAAAGACCAGGAGGCACUUCCUGCCACUCCUCACGUCUAAAGACUGGUGGAGUGAAACCCAAGUGAAAUUGCGCAGUUGUUUUGAAAUCGACGUAGACUUUCAAGAGAGGAUGUUUGCUCGCCAAAUGGCAGUGAUGAAAGGCCAAGCCUGGAACGUGGUCGAAACACUCAAGACGCCCGAUCAUGGCCCCUUGGAGCUCACAAGAAGGAGUCGUGUGCACGUCUGGGAUGAUCUGGUCGACAUUCCCGUCGCAGUACCUCUGGCGCGAGCGAGUGAGGAAAUGCGAAUGAGAGCUGCUGCCGUCAAUGCCGAAGAACAUAAACGUCGCGCUCUAGCUGCAGGUACGCCUGCAAUCGACAUCGCAGAGGACGAAGAAGAAAUGGAUAUUUCUGCUGCACAUCCUUCUGCGUCAGCACUCAACAUUGCGUUGUUGGAUCACCUGGGCACGUCGUUGCCGGCGAAGAUGGAGAGUACGAUACAGACCAGUUCGAAUCGGUUCAAUAUGUCCCGUGAAAACUCCUCGCAGAAUGUCAACGGCGCACAACGUCAAUCCUCCGCUACUGCCGCCAAGGAAGUAUCACCGCCUUCGCUCUUCACUUCACCUUCUGAAACACGGAGUGUUCCACGCCCCGCCCAUCCCUUCCGCUCUCGAACUGGCGAGCAUCGCCAUCGAGUAUCUCUCGACGUGCCACGAACGCAAUGGCUGUCCUCUCCGAAUACAUCGAGAUAUUCGAGAAGAUUCUCCGCCAGUCUUGGUAGUGGUAGGCACAACGACAGUGAAGACGAUGGUGAUUUGGGCUACGCUGCCACGAGUGAACGGGAGGGUGCGACAAGGAGGGUUAUCGUGGAGCGAUUGGAGAUGGUCAAGAGUAGGAAACCAUUGUUUGAAUGGUGUUAGAGGGGCGAGAUCACUCGGUCAAUUGAUUUCCUAGCCCAAGGGACUUCAGGCAGCAGAUGUGAUAGUGAGGAAAAAGGUAUCAUGAUCGUCUGCACAGCUCGAGCCUGAUUACGCGAAUGGAUUUAUCAGAUUGAGAAGUAAUGAUGAAAUGUGUCCCCAGGGUUGUGCGUGGCGUAUUGUCGAUUGUCAAGGGACUCUCGACGCCAUUGCGAACAGUAUGAGCUCCACCAGCAGCGGUUCAGAGAGUCUCGCAAGUGCAAAUGGACAAGUCCUGAUCUCUGCACACUCUCCAUCAUCGUCAUCGUCAUCAGCAGCAGCAGCAGCAGCAGCAGCAGCAGACUAUGCUUGCAAGAGGGUACUUUCGACACAGGUUGCCGUAGUCGUCAUCAGUGCGGACUUGGGUCGACCUGGUCCCGGGCGUGAAGACGCUCGCCGGUCCUUUGGUGAUGAAACGAGGAAUGUCACGGUCGAGGGUUUUUGAAAGUCGACGACCACGCCUGCGGAACAAGAAUUGACGAAUCAAUGGUGUGUACUUCGAGACAUGCAUGAGUGCGGUGUAGAGAAAUGAUAAGGUCUGCCGGCGAUGCUGCCCCCGGGAUAUAUUUCUGAAGUCAUGUCAGAGCAUGCCAGCGAAAUCUCUGCUCCCUCCUCAUUGUUGGAAUUAAUGCUCGCAAGUCGAACUCCAAGCCGCGCCUGGCUUCUGAGCGAAGUGAGGGCAAGGUCCAGUAGGAUUGUCUAUACAGAGUAUCUGUACGUGUCCAAUCUCGCAUCGACGUGCGAAGGCCCUGGACCACCUGAUUGGGCACGCCCGAACAGGUUGUUAUACUCAGGUAGCUGACUGCAUAUAUCAGAACUCUCUUCGUCUGAUGCCUACCGUGGACCUCUUACCUAUGGAAUGCAGGACGGAGUAAUACAUGCAUAUUUAUAUAUAUUUAUAUCUAUAUGUGUGUGACCAAGCCUGCGUGUGAGUGCAAGGACUUGCGGGCAUACCAGAUCCCCGAGCUUCUACCAUCGUCGCGGCUGCAGACUCACCUCAUUCUCUUCACUGCCGGACCAAUCUUACUAAUCUCGACCAGCUUCACUCCGUUACUAGUGAGAUUGAUGCGGGCUAUCUUGUGCACAGCUCCGUCCUCACAGAUGCGCUCUCACAUUAGAUUUGACGCCACAUCCUCUCUUCUCUACGACGACGACGAUACUCACUCCAUCGAACAGGAUGGCGCCGCAGUACGAUCCGGAAUGGUCAGCGUUCGAGACUCAGGUUGGAGAGAGACCUAUGUUGCCAGGCUCAACCGAAGAGACAGUGGCCGCUUUCAACAAGUUAUGCACUGCCAUGGCCCGAUUGUUACCAGAAACGGACCCUGGUAUCACAACGCGUAAGUCGCUCCGGAAAAUCAACCAUUUUGUUCGUCCCAAAACGAGCUUGGUUUUCCAAUAUGUUUUGCAGGCGACGAAAGAAUCAAUGCACACAUCGCCGUCCGCGUCUAUUACCCGCCCAACCCGUGCGAAUUCCUCCCUCUCGUUCUCUUCGCACACGGUGGAGGUUUCACUGCUGGGAACCUGGACACCGAAGACCAUACCUGCAGAGUCGUGUGUGCAGAGGCCGACUGCAUUGUGGUCUCCGUCGACUACCGAACCGGUCCUCGCAUUACGAUGCCCACACCGAUCGACGACUACCAAGACGCCUAUGAUUGGGUCAUUCAAAACGCAGACGCGUUAGGGGCAGAUACCACCUCUAUUAUUCUCCUGGGCGGUUCAGCCGGGGGAGCUCUGGCUAUUGCAUUGACUUAUCGACUAGUACGACUCGGCCAGGUCCCUGCAGGACUCGCAGUUGUGCAGCCCAUGUCUCUCCACCCAGAUGCUUGCCCUGCAGAAUAUCAGAGUCAGCACACAUCCUACCAGGAGAAUGGCGCGGAGGAUGUUCCUGUGGUGAACACACGCUCCGUAAUGGCAGCCUUCCAGCGCUCGAGUGGCUUGCCUCCUUACCCAGAUUGGACUUGGUUUCCACAAUCCGGUGGUGCAGACGCGCUUCAAAACUUUCCC